GAGGGAGGGAGAGAACAGAGAGAAAGCCAGACAAGUCUUCCUGCCCUCUUUCUUUCAUUCACUCACCCACUCCGUCCCAGCGAGAGAGAGCUGGUAACUCCGAGACAGAGAGAGAGAGAGCUGGUGACUCCGAAACAGAGAGAGAGAGAGAGAGAGCUGGUGACUCCGAGACAGAGAGAGAGCUGGUGACUCUGAGACAGAGAGAGAACUGGUGACUCUGAGACAGAGAGAGAGAGAGCUGGUGACUCUGAGACAGAGAGAGAGCUGGUGACUCCGAGACAGAGAGAGAGAGCUGGUGACUCUGAGACAGAGAGAGAGAGAGCUGGUGACUCUGAGACAGAGAGAGAGCUGGUGACUCCGAGACAGAGAGAGAGAGCUGGUGACUCUGAGACAGAGCACAACUGCCAGACUGAAUAAGGAUGUUGGGCCUCCUCCUGUGUGUGAGUUCCCUCCUCCUUCCCCUCCUCUCCCCCUCCCUUGCCCAGGGAUCAGGGCCGAGGGUGCGCCUGGCAGGUGGGAGGCGGGGCCCCAACGAGGGUCGCGUAGAGGUGUUCUAUAAUGGGGCGUGGGGGACGGUGUGUGAUGACGAGGUGGAUAUUAACCUGGCCAACGUGGUGUGUCGAGAGCUGGGCUUCUCACGCAGUCUCACCUGGGCUCACAGCUCUAAGUUUGGGGAAGGACAAGGUCUGAUCUGGUUGGAUAACGUGCACUGCAUGGGGACGGAGCUCUCCCUGUCUGACUGUCACUCCAACGGCUGGGGGAUAAAUGACUGCACCCACUCUGAGGACCUGGGGGUCGUCUGUAGCACCCAGAGGAGGGUCGACUACUCCCCUAACCAGGUAGAGGGCUCCCCCACAUCCCUGGCCGUCCCAGUGGCCUCGGCCCGACCACAGAGGAUCCCCAACCUCUCCACACCGCCACGUCUAGCCACAGUCCAAGAAGGGGUGGCCCCUCCUCCCCCUGCUCACAUCACAUCCCCCGGGAGAAGGGGUCAUGAGAUCGCCCUCCACCGCAACACCCCCAGAGGUCAGGGUCAAAGUUCACGGCAACAGCGUCGGGGUCAUGAUAUCCACUUGCGUACCCGGAACGGCCAGAGUCAGGCGGGAGGGGAGGCCAGGACGAGACAGGAGAACCUGGCCGUGCCCCAGGGGCAUCAGAUCCCCCCCCGGCUGGGGAAUGGUGCAGCCUACAGGCAGGCCCAGGAUGUGGGGCGGACCGGACCACAGGCGGCCAGAUGGGAGGCAGAGAUCCCCAGGCAGCCCAGUGGGAACCAUGUUGAACCAGAGGCAGACAUCACCAACGUGGGCUUCGUUGACAUCACAGACGGACAGACGGCCAGUAGGGUGAGACUAGAGGAGGUACGUCUCCGGCCCGUUCUGACAGGCGUCCGUACCGGCCUGCUGUCAGAGGGCGUUUUGGAAGUGAAGCAUGCUGGGAGGUGGCGUCAUGUGUGUGACCAGGGCUGGGACCUCAGCGGCAGCCGUGUGGUGUGUGGCAUGCUGGGAUACCCCUCCGCCGAAGCAUACGACCACACCGUCUACAGGAAACUAUGGGACGCCAAGCUGGCAGAUCCCUCUACAAGACUAGCAAGUCUGUCCAGUAAGAAGGGUUACUGGGUAGAGCAGGUCAAGUGUUUGGGUACGGAGCCUGUCCUCUCCCAGUGCCACUCCCAGCUCUCCCUCCCCAGGAACCAGGUCACCUGUCAGGGGGGCAUGUACGCCGUGGUGCGCUGUGUACCUGGACACCAGUUCUCACGCCUCUCAUCGGGGAGACCGCACGCUCCCCCCGCUGUCCAGCUGGGGGUGCGUCUGAAAGCAGGCCCCAGGCUGGGGGAGGGCAGGGUGGAGGUGCUGAGAGAGGGGAAGUGGGGGACCGUGUCGGACCACCUGUGGGACCUGAAGGCAGCCAGUGUGGUCUGCAGGGAGCUGGGGUUCGGAUCGGCCAAGGAGGCCCUCAACAAGGCCCAGCUGGGACAGGGUACUGGACCUAUUCAUAUGAACUCAGUUCAGUGUACAGGCAGAGAGAAGUCUCUGCUGCAGUGUUCUUUCAGGGAGGUUCCUCUCUACAGUGUAAAACACACUAAUGACGUGGCUGUGCGCUGCAACGUCCCCAACACUGGGCUGGAG